CCGACCGGUAAUUCCCCACUGGCACCCAGUGAUCGCGAAGUAUCGCCAACGAAGGACAGACCUGUGUAUAAACAACACAGAUCUCUCCCCUGUCAGCUCCUGCACACUGCUUUGUAUGGCUAUGUAAAGCAAUGUGCUUACAGUGAAGCACAAACACACGGCCCUAUAGUAAAACACUCCCAGCACACAGUUAACCCUUUCAUCGCCCCUCAUGUUUACCCCUUCCUGCCCAGUGUCAUUAGUACAGUGUCAGUAAUUUUUAUUAGCACUGAUCACUGUAUUGGUGUCACUGGGGAUGUCAGUGACACCAAGUCAGUUCCCCCCAGUGUUAGAAUGCCCGCCGCAGUCCCGCUAUAGGUCACUAA